UUUUCUCCUAUUUUUUCAUCGUUCUCAAUUUCUUCUGUAUUAAUUUGAUUUUAUUUAUAAUUAGAGUUCAUUAUAUUCAAUUAAAAUUUAUAGUAAUUAUUUUUAGUGAAUGCGAUUUGCGGCACACUAGUUUAAUUUGAGUUGUGAGUUUCACAUUCUAAUUUCUAUUAUCAAAAAUUCAAAAUAGCCACAAUCUUUUCCGUAUUCGCACUUUUGACCCAUUAUAUCUUACUAUUUGAAAAACUUUUGAAAUUUGCAGUUGAAAUUAGAAACCAAACCUAAUUGAUAAAUGUGGGUGAUCAGAAUCCGGCGGCAAUAGUCGGAAUGCCCGUCGGAAAGUUGUUUACUUGGAAGCUCUUAACAAAACGCCGAUUCCAAACUCAUCGUUUAUGCUCUGCUGCCAAGUCCUUGAAUGACCCAAUUUCCGACUCAAUAUUCAGCAACACGCACAAGUCGGGAUCCUACACGCGGGGUGACUCCACCUUCUACUCCCUUAUUCAACACCAUGCUCACUCCGGUGAUUUCAAGGCCUUGGAGAUUAUCUUUCAACGGAUGAAGCGCGAAAACAGAGCCUUUUCCGAGAAGAUUUUCAUCCUAGUCUUCAAGGCUUACGGCAAAGCACGUCUCCAUCGUAAAGCCGUUGAAGUGUUCGAUAAAAUGGCGGAUGAGUACAGCUGCGUGCCAACUGUUAAGUCCUUUAACUCUCUUCUCAAUGUCAUUAUUCAGCAGGGCUUGUAUCGUGAUGCUUUGCAAUUCUAUGACUAUGUUCUUAGCAAUAAAAAACAUAUUUCUCCCAAUGGUUUAACGUUUAAUUUAGUCAUCAAGUCGCUUUGUCGGUUGGGAUUGGUUGGUAGGGCAGUUGACGUGUUUAGGGAAAUGCCUGCUUCCAAUUGCAAGCCUGAUACGUAUACUUACUGCACUCUCAUGGAUGGAUUGUGUAAGGAGGAUAGGAUUGAUGAUGCUGUGGCUUUGUUGGAUGAGAUGCAAAUAGAAGGGUGUGACCCAACUCCACCUACAUUCAACGUGUUAAUCAAUGGACUUUGCAAGAAGGGUGACUUGGCCCGGGCGGCUAAGCUAAUUGACAACAUGUUCCUCAAAGGCUGUGUUCCGAAUGAAGUUACUUACAACACGCUCAUACACGGUCUGUGCCUCAAAGGAAAGCUAGACAAGGCAGUCAAUCUUUUGAGCAGAAUGUUGUCAAAUAAACUCAGGCCAAAUGAUAUCACUUAUGGGACCAUAAUAAAUGGACUUGUUAAGAAGGGACCAGCUGCUGAUGCUUUGCACAUGUUACUGGGAAUGGAGGAAAGGGGGUACGCACCAAAUGGGUAUGCUUAUUCAGCAAUUAUUGGUGGGUUGUUUAGAGAGGGGAAAUCAGAUGAGGCACUAAAAUUGUGGAGAAAGAUGAUAGAGAAGGGAUGCGAACCAAAUACAGUUGUGUAUAGUGCUGUUAUAGAUGGUCUGUGUCAAGAUGGAAAGCCCCAUGAAGCUGAAGAGUUUUUCUCCCAAAUGAUUGAUGCAGGCUGCUUGCCAAAUGCACACACAUACAGCUCCCUGAUGAAGGGCUUCUUUCAGGUCGGCGACUGUGAUAAGGCAGUUCUUCUAUGGAAAGAGGUGGUUGAGAAGGGUUACGUGGAUAAUGAGGUUUGUUACAGCGUGCUUAUUCAUGGUUUCUGCAAGAAUGGGAAGUUGGAAAAUGCUCUGGUGGUAUGGAAGCAGGUGCUGGCUAAAGGACUCACACCUGAUGUUGUCGCUUAUAGUUCAAUGAUUCAUGGUCUCUGCAAUGUUGGCUUAGUAGAACAGGGUUUGAGCUUAUUUAAUGAGAUGCUAUACAAAGCAUCUAACUCCAAACCUGAUGUAAUCACCUACAAUAUAAUCAUCAAUGCCUUGUGCAGACAGGGCAGCAUUUCCCAUGCAAUGGAUAUAUUGAAUUGCAUGUUAAAUGAAGGUUGUGAUCCUGAUUCAGUUACAUGCAAAUCUUUCUUGACAGCUUUGAGGGAAAAGCUUGAUCCACCACUAGAUGGUAGAGAGUUCCUAGAUGAGCUAGCUCUAAGGCUACAAAAACGUGACAGAAUAAUUGGAGCUUCUAACAUUAUACAAGUGAUGCUUCAAAAUUUUCUUCAGCCAAUGGCCUCCACUUGGGAUAAGGUAGUUCGAGGGAUCUGUAAACCAAAGAGAACAGAAGCAGUCAUUAACAAAUGUUGGGGUGACUUAUUCUUCUGAUCCUGCCAACUCAACUUAUUUUUGAUACUUCUGUAAUAUUGUUCCACAUGGUUUUCAGCUUCAUUUGUAAAGUACAGAUCUUUGGCUUCCUUAAUUGCACUACCUUCCUGGUAAAAAUUGGAAAUCUGAAUGUUUUCUCC